AUGGAAGAAGCCUGUGCCAGGGCGAUUGUGCCACACUUCACCUAUGAUUUCGCAGAUGCCCUUAAGCGAAGCGCCUGCGCAUGCCGUGCACAAGAGUACGCCGGGCGUCUCCCCUUGACUGGCGCUGCCCCCAAAAACUUCGGGGUGUUAUUUAGCGAUUCUCCCCUCACAAGCCCAGAGACAAGUUGCGGCGGCUCCCACAGCACAACGCUGACACCGACCUCGACCUACAAUGCUCUUCCUGCCUCAGCUGCCCAUCCCACUGCCGCCGAAGCUGCCCCAGCCACACUCACAGGCAAAAAGGCACGCAAAAAGCGCCAAGGCCAUAGCCUGCGCAACAAGCAACGCAAGAUAGAGCGUGAGGAGGCGCAAAAAGUGCUGACCAAAGCAGAGCCUCGACAAUCUGUGCUCGUCAAGCCUGCCAUUCCCACUCAGACGACCUACAACAUCAGCAGCAUCCCCUCUGCAUCGACGGGGUUCAUUUGCCUGCCGGACGUUGGCGAAUGCCACCCCGUCAUGCGCCUGAAGGAGUUGGUCGACAAGGAGCUGCUCAUCUUACACUGCUGGGACGGCAGAUCUGUUUCCCCCAUUGUCAGCUGCAAUAACCAGGUCAUUGGGCUCAUUGCCGGAUGCCCAGCAGUGCCCGACUGGGAUGACGUCUGUCGUGAGGCCUACGAGGCGCUCUGUCAAGUGCGCGAGGCCUGCGACUUCAUGCUGUCCGCUGCUGACCACCGGCGGGGCAACUUCCUUGUCAAGAACGUUGGGGUUGGGGCUGGAUUUGGGCACAAGAAACCCGCAAACGUGGCCCACACAGAGCACAACACACGCCAGCUGGACACCCUCCUCCAGAACCCUGCGAUCCAACGCAUCUCAUGCUUUGCUGACAACAUCUUUGCCACCUGGUUCCCAAAGGUUUACAAGCACUAUGGCGCAAACUUUGAUGCCUUGCUCAAAGGCGACUCCAGCCUGUGCCACAACUUUGCAAACAGCGUAGACUUCACAAAUCUACCCUUCGGCCUUUGCUCCGUGACCGCUUUAGGGGACUUCAACCCGGCGGCCAGCGCCUGUUUCGUUUUUUAUGACCUCGGCAUCAUUGUUCAAUUUCCGCCCGGCUCCACCCUCAUCCUCACAUCCGCUGCCAUCGUGCAUGCCAACUCAUCCAUGGGCCCAGGGGAGACUCGGUGUUCAAUCACUCAAUAUACCCCUGGCGGCCUCUUCCGAUGGGUUGAGCAUGGCUUCCAGCUUGACCGCAAGUUCUACAGCAACAUGAUGCCCCAGGCCUGGGAGAAGGAGUUGGAAGCCAUGGAGGAGAGGUGCAAGAUGGGCCUCUCCCUCUUCAGCACCCUUGACGAGCUCAAGGCUGCUGCUGCUGCUGCUGCUGAAAUUCCACACUGCAUGCUGUAG